CCAAAACGAUGAAAACACGUUGCAGUGGAUUGCCCGGAGAGUGCGAAUGGGCGUCUGGCGUCUGGCGAAAGUGCUCUUUAAUUCUUCAUUUCUCUGGAGAUGAAAACACGAACGAUAACUUGACGAUUUGAUCUGGUUACUUGAAAAAGGAGCGUAGUUUGAAGCCAAGAACAAAUUUUACGUGUUUCAAGGUAAAUUCGAGAUUUGAAAACUCAGCGCGGAGGCGAGGCUACAAUAAUUGACACAUAUUCUUGCAAAGAAGUUUUGGGAAUUCAACAUAAGGAACACACAGCAGUCUUGGUCCUCUGCGGAAGAGGAGGGGAAUAAUUUCCGCUGAAAUCAAGGAUAUCUCCUUUUGGAUGUUGUUCUGAGGCUCAGGAAUAGUGGUCGAAUACUAUUUGUGAUGCGAGUGUGUUGAUGUGGGAUGUAAAGGCUGUAACCCUCUUACUUCAUUAAUAUUUCAUAAGCAAACAGCUUUGCUGCAAACACAGUACACAUGGCUUCGAAAUCAAAAGAGCAGCAAAGUCCAGUGAAGCGGAAAUUUACAAGCCCCGUUGGAAAUCAGAAAUACGUAACGAAGGGAAUUUCUCCGCGUUUUAAAGCAAAUUUGAAAGAUUUUCGCUCGUUUGGUCCCGUGAAGCAGAACAAACAGAAAGGAGAUCUGGGACCUAAUCAUGGAAAAGCUUGGAGGAAGACUCAUAAGAGCCAAGCUGUGAAAUUUCAUUUUGGAGGGAACAGUGCAGAUCCACUGAACUUAAACAGUUUAAUAGAUCGAGAUCCAUCAGCUGUCACCCCACAAGCCUCCCCAAUGUCAGUUCACAGUGCAUCCCCAGUUGAAGUUUUAGAACCACGUGAUAAGACAGACCCUCUCAAUUUAAAACGUUGUCUGCCAGAACCUGAAAACAAUGUGUCUCAUGUGACACCAAAAAAGCGCAAGAAAAAGAAGCGAGGACAUAAUCAUCAAGACAGGGAAAAUGAAAUUGGGUCAAAAGAGCAGUCAGGUGUCAUCAGCCAGCUGAAGAAGCAGAAAAAAAUUCUUGUAAAAACUGACUUUUCUUGUGAUAAAAUUGAGGAUAAAUUAGGCAAAAGCUGCACUGACCAGUGCAGUGUUCAGUCAACACAAACCAAUGAUCUGUCAAAAGAGGAAGACUUGAAUCCAUCCCCUGAAAAAGCUGGCUACAUCACAAAGCAGACUGCAGAAGCAGUUGAUAACAAAGGUGCAAAUGUCAUAGAAGUGGAGCAGUCUCCUUUAGUGACAAAACCCAAAAUUGCUCCUGGAAAAUCUAAAGAAAUAGGAAAACCUCAUGCAUCACACAAAGGCAAAGACUCUAAGAAAGAUAAACAAAGCUUAUCAAAGAGACGUGAAAGAAAGGAAAAACUUUUUAUUUAUGGUAACUAUAACAGGUAUUAUGGUUACAGAAACCCAAACUCCAGCCAAGAUUUAAGACUAAAAUGCUUUAAAAAAGAAUGGUUUGAGGGGAAAGAUGUUUUAGACUUGGGUUGUAAUGUGGGUCAUGUGACAUUAACAAUUGCCCGGGACUUCAACCCACGUGUUAUCCUAGGAAUGGACAUAGAUACUGCCCUGAUCAAAGCAGCAAGGAACAAUUUACGAUAUUAUGUGCAGAAUCAAGUGUCUGUUCCUGGGACAUCAAGACAAGGAACAAGUUUUCCAGUGUCAUUUUCUGUCACCAGUGGACCUCUGGCUGCACCUGUAGUUCAGGGCAGUGAAGAAAAUCUGUCAUUUCCACAUAAUGUCCUAUUCAAACAGGUAAUAAUAUACUUAAAGUAAUCAUAAGUCCCAAUGCUUCUCUGAAAAUAUUGAAGGACUGUUGGAAAAAAUAGAGUAGAGUAAAAGUUGAAGAAUUCAUCCUUUUUGUAUGAUUUUUAAAAAAUUGGGGGCUUGUCAAGAACACAACAACAAGAGCUCUCAGUUAAAAAGGCAUAACCAGCAUUACAUGGUUAACUUUUAAUAGUUUGUGCAGAUAUCAGUUCUUUCAAUUUUUUAAGGGAUUUUUGCGUUUGUGAAGUGUUGUGAUGAUUAACAAAAGCUGAAGAGUACAGAUGUUGCUGUGUUAAUCUGACAUGACAGAACCCUUGGACUUAUUUGUUUUCCUUUUUCAGAAACAUGCAAGUCAAAAAGUUACUGAAAUUUUCUUUUGAAAUUUGUAGGAAAACUACGUUCCUUGCAGUAAUGAGGUACUUUCCAAACAAAAGCCAAUGUAUGAUAUGAUUUUGUGUUUGAGUUUGACAAAGUGGAUCCAUUUGAACUGGGGAGAUGAGGGACUCAAACUCAUGUUUAAAAGAAUAUUCCUCAAUCUACGUCCUGGUGGAAGACUUGUCCUUGAGCCUCAGCCAUUUUCCUCAUACAAAAAGAAGAAAAAUUUGACAGUAAGUGAUUAUUUCAAGGUUGUAGCGAAAGAAAUUAAGCUUUUGGUUGAAAUUUCCCGUGAGGCAGCUGAAAAUUUGAAUGAUUGUGUGUGUGUAACCCUAGAUGUACAUUUUGUGCUUAACCAAGCAAUUGCUAGCCAAAAAUCAAAGAAGCAAUCACUGCUUUUCAUCUGCCAAAUCUCACCGGCAACCAGGGCUUAGCAAGAAACCUGUUAUUUACCAUCAGGUACUAGCUUUUUCCUGUAUAGGCUAUGAAUGCAAUAGUGUAGGUCCCCAGUUUAAAACUUCAUUUUCUUCUGUAUCACUCAAGGUGAAAGCAAUUUCAACUCAGUAUUAUUAGCAACUUCUACAACAGUAUUGCUCUAAGAAACUAAUUUCAUUCUUGCAUUUUUUUUCCUUACAGAGAAAUUUGAUUUAAUUUUAACAUCAAUGAAGACAUUUUUGUAGAAAAUAAGCCUCAAAUUAACCAUCCAGAUCCACCCUCAAGUCUUUUCUUUAAGUUUUUGUUUUUAAUAUUAAUUUAAUAUUUUUAUAUAGUCAUGAUUAGGAAAUAAACCAUUGCAUCUUAUUUAUCAUUACUAUCCACAACAUUUUUUUAGGAAAAAAUCCGUGCAAAUUAUGAUGCCAUUCUCUUUCGCCCUGAACACUUUAUUGACUACCUUCUAUCAGACAUGGUGGGAUUUGCUACUUUUGAAGUUCUUGAGAUUCCACAGCACAAAGCUUCUGGUGAGUAGUAUCUAAGUGCAGAAUUGUUCAUUCAAGGUUUUUGUGAAAUAGCAUUUUGUGAAUGCUUUGAAAAGAAUUUUUCUGGGAACUUAGUAGCCUAGUGGUUAGCCAGGGGCAAAUCCAGGAAUUUUUAAAUUUUUCAUUCAAAAAAAGAUAAAUUUUUUAAUUCUAUUGCCUAAAUAAGUUAAGAAAUAAAGUCAAAUGUUAGAUACUUCAUAAUUAGUGGUAAAAUGAUAUGCUUCCAUCGCAAGAAUUUUUUAGCAAACAAGUAUUAAAAUUUACCCCUAAGUCUGAUGGGUGGAGGAGGGGGGGAAGGGUUUGGCUUCCUCUGGACCCUUCCCCCUGGAUCUGCCACUGUUAGUAGGCAAGUGAGAUAUACACUUUAUGCUCAAUAUGCUGGCAUAAACAAACAAAACAAACUUUAUUGGUAUUUUUGAUUUGUUCUUGAGCAAGACACCUUUAUGUCUUGAGGCUUCCCAUUGCCCAGAGGUGAAAACUGGUACCAGUACCAGCAAGGUGUUAGGAAAAUCCUCAGGAAAAAACAGGGAUAAUUUGUGAUGGAUUAAUAGUCCAUUGGAAGGGGGCUCUGACACUGUUCUUUGGCUGAAUGCAAUAAAACAUGUUGCAUGUUUCUUAUCUUUUCUUAGGGUUCCAGAGGCCUCUGUAUCUUCUUACAAAAGCUGCAGAUAAGCAAGGGGAACCUUCACAAGAAAUGUAUUAGGAUUCAAUAAAUAUGUCAUCCAUAUUAUACUAGAAUAGUGUGUGGAAGUCACAAAAUGUAGUUGUCUUCCUUAGGUCGAUGGAAUUAGUGACAUUCUUUUUACUAACCUCAUAUACAGCCACAAACUUGAAAAGUAGAGAAUAAAACUUUCUUUUCAUUAAUGCAAUAGAUUGUUGCUAUAUAUCUAAGAGUGUG